AUUCAACAAGCCCGCCAUCAUGUCUAUGGCUUGACGUGGUUGUCAUUAAUAAGCUACUGUGUGAAAUGUGAAUGCUAGUCUUGUUGGUUGACUGAGCAUGCAUGAGUGCGGCCGGCUCCGCUGCUGCCGCGGGGCUGGGCGGCGGCGUGCGGGCGGACGGCGGCAGCGGUGGCGGGUGCAGUGGUGCAGUGGGCGGCCGCGGCGGGCUGACGUGCAACAUGCACUGGGCGGAGCGCUUCAGCCGCAACGCCACACUGGAGUUCACUCGGGACCGCAAGAUGAUGCCCGUCAUGUUGGUGGUCGACGCCCGCAGCAUCAUGUGGAGCAAGAUCACCCCCGCCGACGAGUCCGGCGCAACCUUCCUGCUGGGCCUGGUGGCGGUGCACGACCCGCCCCGUCCCGAGGCCGCCCGCGCGCUGGAGCUGCCCCGACAGGCUCCCGCGCCACGUGCCCUCGCCCCGCCCCCCUUCCCCUCCACCAGGCGGCGCCUCCACCAGCAGGCGGCGCCUCCACCAGCAGGCGGCGCCUCCACCACCAGCAGGCGGCGCCUCCAGCACCAGCAGGCGGCGCCUCCACCAGGAGCACCAGGAGGGCGGCUUGCCGGACUUGGCCUCGCUGGCGGGGGUGAUGCGGUGGUGCGCCAGCAGCCUGCCCCCAGCCCUCCGCCUCCCCCCCUGGGCCCCCUCACCUGCGCCACCAGCGCGCCCACCGGCACGGCCGCCAGCAGGUCGCCCGACAACACCACGAGCCUGGGGCUGCUGGUGAUGCGGCUGGCCACGGCACGCAGCGCGGCCGCCGUGCCGUACCCCUCCGGCACCGACACCACCUCGCAAAAGGCCAGCGCCCCCAGCGAUCCGGCGUACUCGGAGCUGAUCCACUCGCGCACCCUGGCAGCGGCCUUCUCGCCGAUGACCACCUGAGGUGGACAAGGAGCAAGGGGUAGGGCUUGUCAGGACUGGAGGACGGAAGGUGGCAUGUUGCGAGCUCUCAGCGGGGUGGGCGGGGCGACUGGAUGUGCAGCAGCCUUGCUUUCCGCAGA